AGGAUUCAAGAGAGGGAGGGAGAGCUGUGGAGCGUAGGAAAGGGUUUGGGAGGAGACACUCAUUCGCAGGGCUAUAGUUUCAGAACCUCAUUACUGAGGAGUUGUAUUCUCACGUCUGGAGGAAAGACGCAGAAAUUGAGGGGGAAAAAAUUACUGGAGGAGAAAAAAAAAACGUAAUCAUUUUCAAAGGGGAUUUCCAUAGAAGUUCAAUAACAGCAGAUGUUUCCAUACUGACAACUGCAGCCAAUUCCUGAGUUUGAAUGCACUGUGGGAUAGAAAGAAGAGGAAAUACCUGAUUGUAGACUGAGAUUUCCAAGACUAUCAAUAGUUCAUUGCUAACAAGAUUGUGGAACUUGAAGGAUAAUCAAGGGACAAGGGAUUGUUUUCUAUUUCUUGUGCUCUAUAGCUAUUACUUUGUGCAAUUCUACUGCUCUCUUGAUUCAGUGGAUCGGACAGCGUAACCAAAAUUGGAAGGGAAAGUAGCCAUGGAGGUGAAUCCCAUUCCUGUGCUAACUAUCCAAACUGUCCCUUAUGAUGAUCAGAAACCUGGAAGCAAUGGCUUCAGGAAACCCACUGCAGUGUUUGAGAGCAAGAGGAACUACCUGCAGAAUUUCAUUCAAAGUGUGCUUUCCUCAAUAGACCUGAGGGACCGGCAGGGAUGUACCAUGGUGGUGGGAAGUGAUGGCAGAUACUUCAGCAAGACGGCGAUGGAGAUCAUUGUGCAGAUGGCAGCAGCCAAUGGGAUUGGGCGAUUGGUUAUUGGUCAGAAUGGAUUGUUGUCUACGCCUGCUGUGUCUUGCAUCAUCAGGAAGAUCAAAGCUAUUGGAGGAAUUGUCCUCACAGCCAGUCACAACCCAGGAGGACCUGGAGGAGACUUUGGAAUCAAAUUUAAUGUUGCCAAUGGAGGGCCUGCUCCAGAUGCUGUUACUGACAAAAUUUUUCAGAUCAGUAAAACUAUAGAAGAAUAUGCCAUUUGUCCAGACCUGCGAAUUGACCUAUCUAGAGUCGGAAGGCAAGAGUUCGAUUUAGAGAAUAAGUUCAAACCUUUUCGAGUGGAAGUUGUGGACUCAGUAGACAUUUACCUCAACCUGCUCAGAACCAUCUUUGACUUUAAUGCAAUAAAGUGUUUGUUGACUGGACCCAACCAACUAAAAAUAAGGAUUGACGCUAUGAACGGAGUUAUGGGGCCUUAUGUGAGACGAAUUCUAUGCGAUGAGCUAGGAGCACCUGCCAAUUCAGCAGUAAACUGCGUUCCACUGGAAGACUUUGGAGGACAGUUUCCAGACCCCAACCUAACAUAUGCCAGUGGUCUUUUGGAGGCCAUGAAGGGAGGGGAGCAUGGUUUUGGAGCUGCAUUUGAUGCGGAUGGAGACAGGUACAUGAUUCUAGGAGAAAAUGGCUUCUUUGUGAAUCCUUCAGACUCGUUAGCAGUAAUUGCUGCCAAUCUCUCCUGUAUACCAUACUUCCGUCAAAUGGGCGUGCGAGGUUUUGGGAGGAGUAUGCCUACAAGUUUGGCACUGGACAAAGUGGCAAAGUCUAUGAAAGUUCCUGUCUAUGAAACACCAACUGGUUGGAAGUAUUUUGCAAAUCUAAUGGACUCUGGCAGGUGUUCACUUUGUGGAGAGGAAAGCUUUGGUACAGGUUCAGAUCAUCUCAGAGAGAAGGAUGGACUCUGGUCUGUUUUAGUUUGGCUUUCUAUAAUGGCAGCUCGGAAGCAAGGUGUAGAAGAGAUUGUACGCGAUCACUGGACAAAAUUUGGACGCCAUUAUUACUGCAGGUUUGAUUAUGAUGGGCUGGAGCCCAGGGCUGCAUUUUUCAUAAUGAAAGAUCUAGAAGGCGUAAUAACAGAGAAGUCUUUUAGCAGUCAGCAAUUUGCUGUUGGAAGCCACGUGUACAGCGUUGAAAAAACUGACAGCUUUGAAUAUGUGGACCCUGUGGAUGGAACAGUGGCAAAGAAGCAGGGCCUCCGGAUUAUAUUUGCAGACGGAUCAAGGAUCAUUUUUAGACUUAGUGCGUCAGGUACCAUGGGAACGACCUUACGGAUCUACGCAGAAAGCUACGAGAAGGAUCCCAGCAAACAUAAUAAAGAGACGCAGGUUAUGUUGGGUCCUCUCAUAGCCAUUGCCUUGAAGCUGUCUCAGAUCCAUGAGAGGACAGGUCGGAAAGGACCCACUGUCAUUACCUGAGCUCCCCAUGCACAAAGUCACCUUGGGCCAAAGUCAAGAGUGUCAAGGAGAGAUUAUCUUCCAUUAACUAGCCAGUGCCUUAUAUUUGCUGUAUAUGCUUCAUUUCUUUUCUUUUUUUGAACGAUAAAUUAGGUAAAUUUGUGUACCUGGUCCUCAUAGAUUAUAUAAGAGCAAUCACUAUGGGAAGACUAGCAAAUAUCUUUGUCAGUAAUCUGAUAUUCCUUGUUUGGUCACACUUCGUAAAUAUUUUUCUAAUGGCUCCAAGAUAAUGUUUGUUGUUUUGUGUGUCUUUGCCUACCUACUAAUCUCUAUUUACAUCACAUUAGUUAAUUUAUGCCAUUUCGCAAGAUACAACAGACAGCAUAUAGUACUUAUCUCUCUGUAUGUUCUUGAAGGGAAUUCAAAACACUGUACUCUUUAUUGUCAUAUUUUAUGUAUGUAUCAUGGCAGGGGUUCCCAUGUAACCAACACAAACACUAACACACAUACACAUACUUUCUCUAAUACCAUACUAUAACACCCACACACUCAUUUAAACA